CAUCCAUCCAUUUGUCUUUCCAUGCAGUAUUUUAUCAUUGUUUUUUUUAAAAGAAAACAAUUUAAGAAAUCCUAGAGGUAAAUCAUGUUAGUAAAUUGCAUCAUUAACUGUUUUACUCUAUCCACAGAUCUCAGCCCAUCUAGAAAAAGCACAUUUACAGAUGAACUGCACAAGCUCGUUGACAAUUGGACAAAAGAGACAUUUGGUCCUGCUCCGAUCAAACCUUCGCUAAAUCAAAUCAAGCAGAUUCAGCAGGUCCAAGGAGGCUGGAGCCAGUCUGCAGAGGUGAUUAGACCAGGUUGGUUUCCAGGAACCCAGCUGAACCCCCAGGCAUCCUCUCCUUACGCAGGUGGAGGGACCCUGAACACCCUGCCCUCUCCAGCUCCUACACCUUCACAAUCGCACCUGGCUCAAGUACCACAGAUGCACCAGUGUUUACACCUCCAUCAGCCUCCCCCUAUUCACCAGAUGACCUAUCAGCAGUCCCCUUUGUGCCAACAAAUGCCACAGCCUCGGAUGCAAACCCCCAUACAGUCGCAGACACAACCCACCAUCCUGCUGCCCCAACCAACACCUCAAAGCCAACCGCUGCUGCCUUCCCAAACCCCCACAUUAACGGCGUCCACGACCACAUCUAUGCUGCAUGUCGACGGACCCACCGUACCUACAGACACCACAGGGACCGGGGGUUCAUUUUGCUCCUGUUCCUCACCCUCCUCCACUUGUUCCUCAUCUUGCUCAACUGCUGCCCUGCCUUCCAGUGCCAAAACUCACCCAACAGCUCCCUCCUCUUCUGCUCCUUUGGGAGAAAAAGUAAAACCAGGAGAAUUGAGAGAUAAAUAAGUACCAAUCAAUGGUAAUAACAAAUGAAGCAGAACAUAAAUCCGAUUCAUUUGGAGUGACAAUCAAGUGCAAUGUGUGUGGGGGACCUGUGAGUGAAAUAAAUGUAUGUUUUACAGCUGGGUUGUGGCUAAGAAAAUAAAUAAAUGUGAAAGAAAAAAAUAACAGAUUAAUGAAAAAGUCAGUGGCUGGAGUUACAAAUGAUUGAUCGCUGUCUUUUAUGUAUGAGUGUACAUGUGGCUCCAGCGCUUUUAAACAUUUGAGAACAUAUCACACAACGACCUCGGUUGGAUAGAGAAAAUAAACUAUUUUUACUUGCAAACAAACUGCUGGACCUGAAAGCUCUCAAAGCUGGGAGAACAAGGACACAAAAUUUUAUUGUUGCAGUAUUUUUGGCUCAGUCAGCCAGCCUACAAUAAAACAACUACCACAUUUAAAAGUGCAAUUAGUUACCAUCAUCCAAGUUGGUCAGUGUUUAUUCUGUUGAUUAAGUCGCCUGAAAACCAUAAAAAAUUUUUGUAGAGAUACAGUAAUUAAAGAUCCAUCAAUAAAUUUUAUAUUAUUCUUUUUACGACCCAGUACAUUGUGAAGAAAAAAUAUACCGCCAAUUACACAAUUAGGCUUUUCAACAUAUGUGGCUGCUCUCAUCCCCUAAUGAUGGAGUCUAAUAUGUAGUGUUGUGCCUGCUACAGCAUGUGCUUUUAGUCAUUUGUGAUAUUAAUAGUCCAAAAUUAUAUUAUACAUUGAUUCUUUAAAAUAUUGCCCAGUAAACACCUUUUUUUUUUAGAUUUUGCUUGAGUGGAAACUGCCACUACCUGCAGUACACUCAUGACCUCAGUGUAGCUUGGAGCCUGUUGUAGCUGAUACCAGUUGAGCUCUCCAUAUCAAGCUUUGCUGGGAUAAUGCUGAAGAGGAAGAUAACGGAAAGCAAAAUCAGUAAAAACUGGGGAAACUCUACAGACUUAAGCAUUUCAGUGUUGCCUUUGAUAAUAAUUGUAUUAUUGUGUGCAUGGCUGUAUAUGUUUGAGAAAAGCAGUGAGAGGCUUAAUUGUGUCUCACAAGAUGAACUGCAUCCAUUUUUCCUUUCAUUGAAAGCAGGAUGUCACUCUACGCAUUCACUGUGUGGUAAUGUUUACUCUGCCUGUCUUCUAGGCUGGCCUCCUUAAGUUACAGAAAUGAUGAAAAACAUUAGGUCUUAAUGGUUGUUAGUUUGAUGUUGAAAAUGGUUGAAAACCUGAGUUGCAUUGAGUUCUACAAUGCCUUGUAAAAGGGUUAUUACCAUUUGUAUUUUUUUUUUCACAUGACAACCACAAACAUGCUGUAUUUUAUUAGGAUUUUGUGUGUCAGACCAACACACAGAAGUGCAUGCUUAUAACGUUUAAGAAAUAUUAAAAGGUUUAUUUGCAAUAAUAUAAAAGUAAGGCAUUCAUCUAAAGUUAUCUGCCUGAGUCAGCCCUUUUUAGAGUAAGUUUAGUACAGCUUUUUGUAUGUAUAGAGUAAAAUUUUGGCCUUUUAUCCUUCCCAAAUAAAAAUAAUACUCAAGUUCAUUCAAAUGUAAUUUAAAUCUUUUUUGUUGACACCAAUUUACGUGUUGCCACAGACGAAGGGCUGCUCCUAACGAUCUGGCAAAAAGAUUUUUGAUUGAUCUAUUAAGAAUCAAAUAGCAAAAUAUAUACAGAUGAAGGUUUUGCAUUUUAAAUGGAAAAUGCAAUAUUCUAUAAUUGGUUUAACCCACUUAAUAAUUAAUCAGUUAAUUAGAUCAUGAUUAUUUAAGUAAUGGAUAAUAGUAUUAAUUAUUUCAGCCCCACACAGAUGCUUGGUUAUAUAUACGGUUGGGGAAAUGUUUCCUGUGUCCAUUAUAUGGCUUCUGGCAAACUGCAGGAGGAUUUUGACUUUUAACAGUUGAAUAAUCUUGCCACUUCGCCAUGAAGACAUUUGUGAUGUCCAUGUAUAAUAGGAGACUGGGAUUUUGUAUGACAUAACCCUGCUGUGUUCCUUGGUAUUUAUAUAGCGCCAAUUCACACAUUUCAUCUCAACGCACUUUACAGAGACAAUUCAACCAGAUCAUUCAGACAAAUUAAUUUAAAGUUUUCUAUCUAAGGAAAAGCAGUUGAUUGCAUCGACUCAUUGACUUGAAGGCAAUCCCUCACUCAAAGCAUGCUUGUAGUGAAAGGGGAGAGGAAAAACUCCCCUUUAACAGGAAAUAACCUCCAGCAGAACCAGGCUCUGUGUGAGUGGCUAUCUGCCAAAGCUGACUAGAUUCUUUUCUACUAGUUAGGUCACAUACAUAUGAAAUUGAGUUAAAUAAAAAAUGCAUGCAACACUUUUCAAAUACUAUUUUUAGAAAAUCUAAUAAAAAUAUACAUUUUUUUUUUUCAAUUCAACUUGGUUACCCACUACC